AUGGAAGAGGAGCCUUCACUUACUAUAAUAGGAGAAAGUGACAAUACAAUAAUGAGAAGGGAAGAGCCUUCUGCUGCUCAUAUGUUGAAGGAAAGCAAGGUAAAUAGUGGUUCUAAGAAGUCAAGUUGGAUAUGGAACUUGAUGAAAGAAACUGAAAUUGUGAAAGAUGGAGAAAAAUCUAAGGAGCUAUUUUUCAG